AUGGACCACAAAGAAGGCCUCUUGUCGAAACUCAAACUAAGAUGGCUUCUCAUCUGCCUUGUCGUCUGUCUGCCGGGGGUUUUCUCCGGCAUCAGAAAAUCCAACCUGACGCCCAAGCUUUCACAGUGCUACACGCGCUUCUCUAACGUGACCCUCAACAGGGUGGUAGGGAAGUUCCUCACCUGGCACUGCGAGGCGGCGCUCACCCUCACGAACACCCGUCACCGGUUGACGAGUUCUCAGCGUAUGUACAUGAACAAGCUGACAGCCAGAAUUGAACGCUUCGGAAGACGUUUGGGUAAGAGGCAGGCCACGAGGUGCGUGAGGAAAGAAUACAGGAUGCUCACCACGCAGCAGAGAAACGACUUUCACAGAGCCUUAAAUGGACUCAAACAGAACACGAUAGUUCAACCGAACGUGUACGAUGCGCUUGCUAUGUUGCAUUCGGAGAUGGUCAUAUUGAAGGCCCACGGUGGCCCCUGUUUUCUAGGCUGGCACAGGGUAUAUCUACUCAUGCUGGAAAUAGCUCUCGGUGAUGAGGUUCCCGGCGUCUGUCUUCCAUACUGGGACAGCAGUUUGGACAACGAGUUAGAAGACCCAUCCCAGUCUUACAUGUUCAGUCCUGAAUUCAUGGGUAACGGCAAUGGUCCAAUAACUACUGGUCCUUUCGCGGGAUGGAGGCGUCCUCCGAAUCCCAACAACCAAAACAGCCGCCAGCCUCCAGUAAUAAGAAAUGUCGGUUCUGACGGACAGCUUUACUCACGACAGUCAAUAGAAAUGAUUUUGUCCCGCAACGACCACUCGGAAAUCAUCGCCCCCAACUCUGACCCUGACUAUGAUAUCGAAGUACAACACGGAGGGGUCCAUUUGUUUAUUGGAGGGGACAUGGAAGCUUUAGAGUCUGCACCAUUUGACCCUAUGUUCUUCAUGCACCACGCGUUCGUCGACUACAUCUGGGAACUGUUUAGAACAAAGCUGAGAAAUCAGCUAAAUAUCGACCCAUCUGGAAAUUACCCGAUGAACCAUAACAUACAGUUCCAUGGGCGUGAUGAUGUCAUGGAUUUGGCGGCCAAUCUGACAUGCGGCGAUGGCUACAGCGACCAGCUUAUGACAUCCGUGGAGUACGAGGCGUCGCCAUCUUGCACUAGACAACGUCCUACGUGCAACUCUCCUUACCUCAGGUGUCGAGUGGACAUCGGUCGCUGUAUACCGAUAACUCUCAGUGAGGUUCCAAACCCGGGGAAUCCAGGCCCUGGCCCUGGACCUGGACCAAACCCAGGUCCCGGCCCCGUGAACCCAGGCCCAGGCCCAGGCCCCGUGAACCCAGGUCCAGGUCCCAACCCACCGCCACCAGCGGGUCCGUGCAGCCACAUCGAGAGAGAGAGGCACAACGUGAAGCCAUGCCAAAACACGUUUUGCAUAAACGGAAUCUGUGAUAUCAACGAGUGGGUGUACGUGCCGGUCAAAGUCGUCACAUUGAGACCUCCAGGAUUCGGUAAAUAUAAAUCCUACCCGGUGAUCAACGGAGACAUUUCCAGUACCAAUGACAUCUACCAGCCAAAUGCUUAUGCCAGAACGAAAAGAAUAAUAGAAGGCAGACGAGGUAAGACGCCCAUGGGAUACAAUCACUGCUUUGAGGACGGCAUCGGGCAGAUUUUCGUUCAGUCUCAGGGUCUGAAUUACGAAGGGUACUACAAGGAAUCGUCCAUCAUCGAUCAGAGGUUGGCCACCACGAUGUCCAUCGCCUACGUUGCCGUCAAGAAUCCAGGUCGCGGAGUCACGCGGGUUCUGCUUCGAGCAGCCGACUCCUGCGGUCGUAUCUGCCACACGUCCUGCAGGAAUCCGAGGACCGGCACGUUCGAGCCGUGCUCCGGCGUCAUAGAACUGGACUCGCGGCGUCCUCUGAUGUACAACAAGAAUUACGGAGAUGCCACACUGGACGUGUGGGACUAUGGCACGGGCAGCGGCUCACAGUGUCCUAAGUUUAACUACGAUCAGUUCUUCUUGACAUUCUAUUGUGAUUACCAGGAUCAUCUCCCUUGGGUGCAAAAGAUGUCAGCGCCAACUAUGACGCCCAUGUUGAGACCCAGACCAAGACCACCGGUUGUCAACAGACGAGAAUGCCGCGUCAGCAGUACAUGCGUCCUCAGUGUUGCUUGCUACUCUGCCAGGCUGCAGUGUCGUUUCUACGGCGAGACGCACCAGUGUCGUGGUAGCUGUGGGAGGUACGCCGUCUGCAACUACGGCCACUACACGGAGAAAUACUGCAGAGGCGGCAUGGCCUUCAGCGAAAGCCUGCACAGGUGUACGUCAAAGUCAUGCAGUAGCCGUGGCAACGUCAACCCCGUCCGCCCAACCAGGUGGAGGAAUCCGUUUGGGUCAACGUUCAACAACAACUACGUCAAAAAUCUCGGAAACAGGUUCAGAGGCAAGAGAUGAAGCUAGCGCAAACUACAUGCGCGGAUCCAAGGGGGUGGGGGGAGGAUACGCACACUCUUCUUCAGCUAUGAAAGAGAAAGAAAUAAAGGAACACGUGGUAUUUUAGACCAAAUCUCAGUCACUAUCAGCGUGGUAAUGUCUGUAUAAAGUACUAAUAUACUGACAGAAAUAAGGGAA